CUCUCUCUUCUCUCUCUCUCUCUCACACAGACACACACACAGCGACAUGGCAUUUCAGGACCACCACCACCACCAUCAUCUAUCCCAAGAAAUUCCCCUCCACUACCCGGACCACAACCACCACCCCUCCGCCACCGCCGCCGCCGUCUUCCGCUCCAUCCUCCCCGAUCACCACCUCUCCCCAGACGACAAGCCACCGGCCCCCGCCGCCGCCUGGCUCAACAACUCAGGCCUCCACCACCACCAGUGGCUCCCCACCCAGAGUCAACCCAGCCCACCUACCCCGCCCGACAGCACCAACGAUCACCUCCCAGGCGGAGGCGGCGCAGGAGAUAGGAGCCACGGCAACGGCGGCGGCGGCGGCGGCAACUGGGAGAGAGAAAGGUGCAAAGCGGAUAUUCUGAACCAUCCGCUGUACGAGCAGUUGCUGUCGGCGCACGUCUCGUGCCUCCGCAUAGCAACGCCAGUGGACCAGCUGCCGAGGAUCGACGCCCAGCUGGCUCAGUCACAGCAGGUCGUGGCCAAGUAUUCCGUUCUUGGACAAGGUCAACAGCCCCUCGAUGAUAAGGACCUCGACAAUUUCAUGACACAUUAUGUUCUGCUUCUGUCAUCAUUUAGAGAACAACUACAGCAACAUGUGCGUGUUCAUGCUAUGGAAGCAGUCAUGGCUUGCUGGGAGCUUGAGCAGUCGUUGCAAAGCUUGACAGGUGUGUCGCCAGGCGAAGGUACAGGGGCAACCAUGUCGGAUGAUGACGAAGAGCAAGUAGAAAGUGAAAGCAACCUUUUUGAUGAAACUUUGGACGGGCCUGACAGCAUGGGAUUCGGGCCCUUAGUACCAAGCGAGACCGAGAGGUCUUUAAUGGAACGUGUGAGGCAAGAAUUGAAACACGAGCUCAAACAGGGUUACAAGGAGAAAAUCGUGGACAUUAGAGAGGAAAUAUUACGGAAAAGGAGAGCCGGAAAACUGCCCGGAGAUACCACAUCUGUCUUGAAAGCUUGGUGGCAGUCGCAUUCCAAGUGGCCUUAUCCAACUGAGGAAGACAAGGCAAGGCUGGUGCAGGAAACAGGUUUGCAACUGAAACAGAUUAACAAUUGGUUCAUCAACCAACGUAAAAGGAACUGGCACAGCAACCCUUCUUCUUCAUCUUCUCAGAAAAGCAAGCGCAAGAGUGGCGCAGGUGAUAAGACAGUGAAUUAGCUACAUGUCGAAAAAGAAUUGCAAGCGAAAAUGGAGGAUUCCUUCUUCUAUGACAACAGUUAAAUCCAGAAAGUUUGGGUAAAAAUUUAAGAAUGAGACAGGAAAUGAAAGAUCAAUUGCAGUAGCUGUUUUAAGGUAUAUUUUGACACUGGCUGGCUUAGUAGACAUGACAAAAUGUUUUUAAAACUGGAUAUUUAAAGCUACUUUGGUAUAUUGACCUUGUUUAAAUAUCAAGCAUAUAUGUGUUCGAGUUUGGAGGUUUUGUUUGUACUGUGUUUUUGUUGAGGAAGUUGCUAUUUUUAUCCCGUUUUGAAGACGCAAUAAGUUUUUCAC